AUCAUCUCAUUUGCCAAUGACUAAUGACAAUAUCAAGAUGGCACUGUUGGAAGGCUUGUUCACGUGUUGGGGCGUUUUGAAUUAACUUAAAAUGUCAUCGAUAUUUUGCCCUUCUUGUGCUAAUGUCCUUGCUGUAGAAGAACAUCUCGGUCAUUUAAGAUUUAAGUGCCGCACCUGUCCUUAUAGUUUUAACAUAACUCAACGUAUUAGCAAUCGCACUUACCCGAAGCUUAAGGAAAUUGAUGACGUAUUAGGUGGAUCUGCUGCGUGGGAAAACGUAGAUUCGACGGAUGAGCGAUGUCCUGUAUGUUGGCAUCCUCGAGCAUAUUUUCUGCAAAUUCAGACUCGUUCAGCUGAUGAACCCAUGACAACCUUCUACAAAUGCUGUAGCUCCACUUGUGGACAUCGUUGGCGAGAUUAGA